GUAUAUGGUCUUGGCAAUAUCGCCAAUGUUUGUAAUACAUGUACAUACAUACAUACUACCUAAGGUACAUAUGCAUAUGCCCUAACAGUUAUAAUCGACCCCACCCUGAUCCUUAUGUAGUUCUCCUAGUUCUCCUAGUUCUCCCCCUUAUUCUCCUAGCUUCCCUAGCUUCCCUAGCUCUCCCCUAUAUACGACAAAGACUCCUAAGCGUCCAUUCCAGGCAACCAUCAACGUCCAUCCCAGGCAUCCAUCAGCGUCCUACAUAUACCUACACAGGAAGCAGUGGUGCCGCUUAGAGACGUGCCGGAUACAGAGUUCUACUUCUACUUCUACUUCUAGUUAUACUUCUAUUCUACCUAACACAAUCUCAUCCUAUUUCACGCAUCUCUCCUACCAGGGGAAAAAGAUUACAGAUUACGCACCCUCAACUACCUAGUACGAUGGACUAUUCAGACCCUAACGCAUUCACCCUGCCCUACCAGCUUACCAAGCAAGUUCGCCGUGAUGUCUAUCCACGGCUAGAGCCAACCCAGUCAGAGCUAUCGGCCAAGGGAAAGACGGUACUUGUUACCGGUGUGUCCGGGGCGAUAGGCAAGGUCAUUGCCGAAUCAUGGGCUAUUGCAGGAGCUUCCGGUAUCGUUAUUACCGGGCGCAAGACCGAUGUGCUAGAGGGCAUCGCCACCCGGCUCCGGAGUCUUGCCCCGCCGGAGACUCAGAUCCUCGCUAAGGCGGCCGACAUCACCAACGAAGCCUCGGUUGCGGCGCUCUUCGCCGCAGCCAAGGAGGCCGUCGGCAAGAUCGACGUGCUGAUCAACAGCGCGGGGAGUCUGCACCUAGGCCCUAUUGGCGGCGUCGAUAUCACCAAAUUCUUCAACGAUUUCCAGGUCAACCUACUGGGGUCGUACCUGAUGGUACACAACUUUCUCGCGCAGGCAGAUGGAGUCGGCACCGUCAUCACCAUAACGACUGGCGCCAUGGGCGCGGUCCUUCCGGGUAUGGCGGGCUACACGGCGUCCAAGCUGGCGCUUGCCCGCAUCAUGGAUAGCCUGCACUCCGAACAGCCGGGGAUCCGCGUUUUCCAGCUCAUGCCGGGGAUUGUGCAGACCGAUAUGACGGUCGAGGCGCUGAAGCCGUAUGCCAAGGACACACCCGAUCUAAGUGCUAGCUGGACGCUCUUCCUGUCUACUCCGAGUGCUGAAUGGAUGCGCGGUGGCAUACUUAGCGUAAACUGGGAUCUCGAGGAGAUGGAGGCGCAUAAGGAUCAGAUUGUUCGCGAGAAUCUGCUCGGUCGCGCGUUCCUGAACGCCAAGCUGGGGAAGGAUGGGCACCCCUGGUCGUAAGGAAGCGGCUACAGUAAAUGAUAAGAGACUACGGAGCAGGGGCAUCGAGGUCUAGCGGGGUGCGCGGCAGUGUCCCGGGUAGUGAGGGUGCCGAAUCAUCGCCUCUAGGUACAUAGUUGGAAAUCAUGAAUCCUUACAAUAACUUGCGCCAGUUGAUCUUCCUCGCUACUCCUAUUUGCAUUACCUACUCUUUUUAGUCUUAGGGUUCUUUGGUGGCGCAUUUGGGUGCAUUGCGUAGGAAUAUCACGAUAUGUAGGUGCUUUGCACGUUUCAUCUGAGUACCUACCUACAUACUACCUAGUAAUGUGUAGGACUUAGUCGCAGUGUGUACAUACAUACAAUAAAAAAUCCAGUUUGUAUCGGUGCCGAGAGAGAAACUGAAGGAAAAUGUUACACAUUCUAGGAUUUGUUGCAAUGGCACCUCCGUUAAAGAUUUAUGCACUCCAUCCAAUCCGCCGUUUUUUGGCUGCAGGCCCAAAAGAUGGGGGUUUUAACUUGGUAUCCGAAGGAGGGUUACUUUCAGAGGAGCGGAGCUGCAACAGCCAUUGGCCGAUUGUACAGGUGGUGAGAUAUGAAAUUAGGUGGUCAGCAAUACAAUGAGGAGAAAAGAGACAGUUAAACAAUAAGAGUGA